AAGCAGCAGUCCUUUUGCAACAGCUCGAGUCCCCCUUCUUGCCCGUGACGCCCUGCACUUUACUCUCUCUCUCUCUCUCUCAGAAAAAAGUUUGAGAGUCAAAAGAACUGGCACUGAAACAACAAAUGCAAACAAAAGAGAUAAUCCUUCUUCAUUAAGACUUAUGGGGGAAACAAAGGCACGACCGCAUGGGAUAUUUUGCAAUAAUUCAUGUUACAUGGACUCAGAUUUAUGUGUUGUGUGCGGGCGUAUUGGUGUAGUUGACAAAGAUGGAGUCUUGCGACUGCAUUGUUGAGACACAAUGGCCUGCAGAUGAACUUCUGGUGAAAUAUCAGUAUAUAUCAGACUUCCUUAUUGCCUUUGCAUAUUUCUCCAUUCCCCUGGAGCUUAUUUAUUUUGUUCAAAAAUCAGCAUUCUUCCCAUACAGAUGGGUGCUAAUGCAGUUUGGUGCUUUUAUUGUUCUCUGUGGAGCAACUCACUUAAUCAACUUGUGGACAUUCUCUAUGCACUCUAAAACUGUUGCUGUGGUGAUGACUGUAGCAAAAAUGUCCACUGCUGUUGUAUCAUGUGCAACAGCUCUAAUGCUUGUUCAUAUUAUUCCUGAUCUGUUAAGUGUGAAAACACGGGAACUAUUUUUGAAGAAUAAGGCCGAGGAGCUUGACAGGGAGAUGGGCCUUAUUAUUAAGCAAGAAGAAACUGGAAGACAUGUCAGAAUGCUUACUCAUGAAAUUAGAAGUACACUUGACAGACAUACUAUAUUAAAAACUACUCUUGUAGAGCUGGGUAGGACUUUAGAUCUAGAGGAAUGUGCACUGUGGAUGCCAUCACAAAGAGGUUUGAAUCUGAAACUUUCUCAUACUCUAAACAAUCUGAUGCUUGUUGGAUCUACAGUGCCGAUUAAUCUUCCCAUAGUCAACGAAGUUUUCAAUAAUGCUGAAGCAAUACCAAUUCCACAUACGUGUCCACUGGCAAGGAUCAGACCUCCUGCGGGAAGAUAUGUUCCACCUGAAGUUGUUGCUGUUCGGGUACCACUUUUACAUCUUUCAAAUUUCUUAAUCAAUGACUGGCCUGACCUCUCUGCAAAAAGCUAUGCUGUGAUGGUUCUGAUUCUCCCUAUGGAUGGUGUACGAAAAUGGCGUGAGCAUGAGUUAGAACUUGUGGAAGUUGUUGCUGACCAGGUUGCUGUUGCUCUCUCUCAUGCUGCGAUUCUGGAAGAGUCUAUGCAUGCCCGUGAUCAGCUAAUGGAGCAGAAUGUUGCUUUAGAUAGAGCUCGGCAAGAGGCAGAGAUGGCUAUCCGUGCUCGUAACGAUUUUCUAGCUGUCAUGAACCAUGAAAUGAGGACGCCUAUGCAUGCAAUUAUAGCAUUGUCUUCGCUUCUUUUAGAAACUGAGUUGACUCCAGAACAGAGGGUUAUGAUAGAGACGGUGCUUAAGAGUAGCAAUCUUCUGGCAACACUCAUUAACGAUGUUCUUGAUCUUUCUAGACUUGAAGAUGGUAGCCUAGAAUUAGAUAGCAGAAUGUUCAAUCUUCAUGGGGUGUUCAGAGAGGUCAUUAAUUUGAUAAAGCCUGUUGCAGCAGUAAAGAAAUUAUCCAUGACCUUGUUUUUGGGCCCAGAUGUACCUGUCUAUGCUGUUGGCGAUGAGAAACGGCUUAUGCAAGCUAUCUUAAACGUUGCAGGCAAUGCUGUGAAGUUCACGAAGGAGGGUAGUAUUUUAGUUGUGGCUUCUAUUGCAAAACAAGAGUCUUUAAGAGACUUGCAGCCUCCUGAAUAUCCUGUAUCAAGUGAUGGCCACUUCUACUUGCGAGUGCAGGUUAAGGAUUCUGGCUGUGGAAUUGUCUCACAAGAUAUUCCACACCUCUUCACCAAAUUUGCUCAUUCUCAAAGUGGAUCAAGUCGUAGUAAUGGUAGUGGUGCGGGCCUGGGACUCGCCAUUUGUAAACGGUUUGUCAAUCUCAUGGAAGGUCACAUCUGGAUUGAGAGUGAGGGUGCUGACAAGGGUAGCACAGUCACAUUCGUUGUCAAACUCGGAUUCUGCAACAAUCCGAAUGAAUCCACAGUGCAACAGGUCAUGGUUAGCGGUAGAGCACAUCAAGGGAGUGCUGAUCUCAUCGGACAUAAACCACUAGUCAAAGAUUUCGUUCCACGUUAUCAAAGGAGUGUUUAGAUGGCAACAGAUACAGAUGCUCCGGCAUUGUUGGAUCCAGAUUGCGUAGGUAAUGAGUUCCUUUCUUGACAUUCUUUUUUAGGCUUUAAGAAAGUAGUGCCCAUUAAUAGAUCUCGGCGGUCGCAGCAAAAGCUCUGCAUCGUUCGUUGUCAAGGCCAUGUAUAUUGAUUUAUCACCGUUCUGAUUGAAUCAGCAUGUCAAGCUGAAAAUUUGUGUUGGGACUUUGAUAGCAGGACAUAAUUAUAGUAUUAAUAAAGGUAUCAAAUCUAUUCAUCUUCUUAUAA